UAUCAUCAGAGAGUCUUGUAUAUUGACAUAGAAAUCCAUCAUGGUGACGGUGUUGAGGAAACUUUUUAUACAACAGAUCGCGUGAUGACGGCUACAUUCCAUAAGUAUGGGAAAUACUUUCCUGAAACAGGAGACUUGAGGGAUAAUGGUGCUGGAAAAGGAAAAUACUAUACUGUCAAUUUUCCCCUGAGAGAUGAUAUAAAUGAUGGGUCAUAUGGACAGAUUUAUAAGCCUAUAAUCUCAAAAGUGAUGGAGAUAUACCAGCCUAGUGCUGCGGUGCUGUCGUAUGGUGCAGACUCUCUGUCUGGUGAUAGGCUUGGCUGCUUCAAUCUCCCUGUCAAAGGUCAUCCUAAAUGUGUGGAAGUAGUAAAAACUUUUAACUUGCCAUUGCUGAUGUUUUGUGGAGGUGGCUACACAAUCCGAAAUGUUGCUCCAUAUUGGACAUAUGAGACUGCAGUUGCCUUUGAUUGUGAAAUUCCCAAUGACUGGAAGAUCUUAUCUCAAGCAUGGUUGAAUAUGACAAAUAUCUAA